AUGGACAGCACCACCCACUGUGAUUCUACUUUAGCCUCUGUGUCAAAAGAUCUAUGCAAAUUUGUCAAUUGUCAGGUCUUUGCUGCUCCGGAUCUUAAUUCACCCGGUGUUUCAAGCUCCUGUUAUUCCAACGGAAGCAAGAGGAAACGGAAUGCUGUUAAUGGGCAUAUUAACUUGAAAGAUGGAUCUUCUCUGGUUCUUGGAUUAGAUCGUUCAUCAAGUUUCAACACUGCCAAAUGCUCAGGGAAAGAAAUGGAAGAGUUUUCUAUUGAUCUUGGUCUAAGUAUCAACAUCAACCUAGGAGAUGACAGGACAUCCAACCCAACUAAGGUACCUGCUGGGGCUCCAAACACACUUGAAGUAAGGAAGCCUAAAAUGGACUUAGAAUUGAGUCUAUCCACUGGACCCGCUGAAUCUGAUGUCACCACUGUUUCUCAACUGUUUAGUCCUUACCAGAAUAAUUCCAAGUCACCAGCAUUAGCCUCCACAUUUCGAUUUGUGGACGAAAGAUCAACAUUGUCUCGUUGGAAAACUGGGCCUCUUGUGUCUCCAUUGCAGAAUCUAGAGACUUCCAUUCCUUUGGAUCAAGUCCAUUACAGGGACAAUCCUACUUCAACGACCCCAAACGUUGCAUCAACUCCGGCAACAACACCAUGCUCAGUUUCCGGUGCUUCUGUGUCAGUUAUUAAGCAACAGCAGCAUAGAACCAGCAAAACUUGUAGGUUUGAAGGAUGCAUCAAGGGAGCAAGAGGUUCUUCUGGUCUUUGUAUUGCCCAUGGAGGUGGCAGGAGGUGUCAGAGGGAAGGCUGUCAAAAGGGAGCUGAAGGCAGGACAGUUUUCUGUAAGGCACAUGGAGGCGGUCGGCGUUGCCAGUAUCUUGGGUGUACUAAGAGUGCUGAAGGCGGUACAGAAUACUGUAUAGGUCAUGGUGGUGGUAGGCGCUGCAGUCAGCAGGGCUGUGCUCGUGCUGCAAGAGGUAAGUCUGGCAUGUGCAUUCAUCAUGGGGGUGGCAAAAGGUGUAUGAUUGAAAAUUGCACGAAGAGUGCUGAGGGAAUAUCUGGCCUCUGCAUAUCUCAUGGAGGUGGUCGUCGCUGUCAGUAUCCUGCAUGUACUAAAGGUGCUCAGGGGAGUACAAUGUUCUGUAAAGCUCAUGGUGGCGGCAGAAGGUGCACUUUUUUGGGGUGUACAAAAGGUGCAGAAGGAAGUACUCUGUUAUGCAAAGGCCACGGUGGGGGAAAAAGAUGUACAUUUGUUGGAUGCACCAAGAGCGUGCACGGAGGAACUGUGUUUUGUGUUAAUCAUGGCGGAGGAAAGAGGUGUGCCAUGCCCAAAUGUACUAGGAGUGCAAGGGGACGCACAAACUACUGUGUCCGCCAUGGGGGUGGAAAAAGGUGCAAGUUUGAAGGAUGUACAAAGAGUGCACAAGGAAGCUCCGAUUUUUGCAAAGCGCAUGGUGGUGGAAAACGAUGCUCUUGGGGACAGUUGGGUUCAGAGUUUGGUGGUCAAGAUGCCAUUCAAUGUGACAAGUUUGCUAGAGGGAAAUCUGGCUUGUGUGUUGCCCACAGUGCACAAAUUCAAGAUAAACACAUGCACAAGAGUGUUCCUAUGGUUUCUAAUCUACACCCUAGCUCAUUUUCCCAGUUGAAAGGGUUUUCUGCAACUGGAAGCUAUCUUUCUGAUCGCAUUGGCACAUGGAUUGAUUCAAACGGUUAUGGACAACAAAUGAUUACCACGCAAAUUUCACCACAAGAAAAUUUCACUCUUGGAAGCACUAGCUUGAAUGAUUUGUCUCUUCCGGAAGGUAGGGUGCAUGGAGGAAGCUUAAUGGCAAUGCUUAGAGGAAGUACAAGCUCAGGAACAAGCAACAAUAAUCAAGAAGUUGGUCGAAAUUUGGAGCCAGCAAAAUCUUAUCCUAUGCCUCAUAGUUGGGUGUAA